GGAUCUCGGCCAAGGAGGCAGCUCAGAUGAGGUGCAGGCAUCAGGAGCCUCCAGCCCAUCAAGGAGCCUCCUACCAGUGCCAAUGGCAACAGCUGGAUGCCGCCAUCACAACUGUGUGUCAUAUAUCCCCCAAAUAGUAGAGAUCACUAUUGACAAAGACACUGAGGAUGUACGAGGAGGAUCAGAGGGUGUUCCCCUGGCCCGGAGAGACUCCUAUUCCCGCCACGCGCCAUGGGGGGGCAAGAAAAAACAUUCAUGUUCCACUAAAACACACAGCUCUUUGGAGGGAGACAGGCGGUCUGGGCGAUUACGGGGUAGUGGUAACCCUAUGGACAGGCAUUAUGGAGUCAGCUCCAUCCAGGAGAUGACUGAGUCUGUAUCUGGAGGACACAGUCUGAAUGCCCGUUCUUUGCGCCAGCAACUAAGUGAUACAGUAGGACUGUGCUUACCCCUGCCCUCUCGCAGACGCUCCUGCUCAUCCAAGAACCCUGUCACUUCCAAACGUAAGAUUCACCUGACAGAGCUCAUGCUGGAGACUUGCCCCUUUCCACCAGGCUCAGACCUUGCUCACAAGUGGCACUUGAUCAAGCAGCACACAGCACCAGUCAGCCCGCAUUCCUCCACUGCCCUGCUGGAUAUCUUUGACCCAGCCCACCCCUCGCCUGAGGAUGAAGAGGAGCGUCUCCGUGAGCGCCGCAGACUUAGCAUUGAGGAAGGUGUGGAUCCCCCACCUAAUGCACAGAUCCACACCCUGGAGGCCUCCGUGCCAGGCUCCUCUCUCUACAAACUGGGACCAAAGAUGGCUCCUGGCAUGGGAGAGGCCUCUGGGGAUGGAAGGGUGUCAGGGACUGUCAGCUUUGUGGGUGCUGGAUCAUCAGGGGCCUGUGGGCAGGUGUUGGGGGCUUCAGCAUCAGCCCAGGAUCAUGACUCUGAGGAGGACUCAACCACCCUGUGUCUGCAGGCCAGGAGGCCCAAGCAGAGGCAUGCCUCUGGAGAAAGCCAUCUAAAUCGGCAGCAGCCUGGGCCCUGGAAGGUUCAUACCCAGAUAGACUACAUCCACUGCCUGGUUCCAGACCUACUACAGAUCACAGCUCUACCCUGCUACUGGGGUGUGAUGGACCGCUACGAGGCUGAGGCGCUGCUGGAUGGACGGCCAGAGGGCACCUUCCUGCUCCGUGACUCAGCCCAGGAGGACUACCUCUUCUCUGUCAGCUUCCGCCGUUACAACCGCUCCCUGCACGCCCGCAUCGAGCAGUGGAAUCACAACUUCAGCUUCGAUGCUCAUGACCCUUGUGUUUUCCACUCUUCAACUGUAACAGGACUGCUGGAGCACUACAAGGACCCCAGCGCCUGUAUGUUUUUUGAACCGCUGCUUACAGCACCCCUCCAUCGAACCUUUCCUUUUGGCCUGCAGCACCUGGCACGAGCUGCCAUAUGCCGCUGGAGCACUUAUGAUGGUAUAGGCUCUCUGCCGCUACCUCCUGCCCUGCAGGACUUCCUCAAGGAGUAUCACUAUAAACAGAAAGUACGAGUUCGCUGGCUAGAGAGGGAACCGCCACUCAAGGUCAAAUAGGGCAGCCUUCUCCAUUGCCUGUUGACAGACUUCAGUGGGAUUACAGAACUUGAGAAAUUCCUCAUUAGCCAAUUAGAGGCUAGACUGACAUAGCUAUCUGAUGGAAUUUACAUGUAACAAGCUAUACAAGAUUCAUUCUAAUCUUUGUUAUAGUUACUUGCAUCACAGGAAAUACAUAUGAUUAUAUUCAGUAUAAUGCUGUCUGGCAAGCAUGUUUUUGUGUUGAACAGGUUGUUAUGUUAAGGUGGAAAGGCACAAAUAUCACUGCUUUGUGUCUUUUCUUUCCUGCUUUGUGCUAAAUGUCUGCCUGAUCCCACAACAUCACCCUGCCUGUAGACCUGCCUGCACUCUUCUCCCAUUCAACCCAAAUUGCUGUUAAGGCCCAUAUGGCUAUGUUGUACAGUUCACUUUGUGCUUCCUUUAUUUUAUUUUCUUCCUUAGCUCAUCAAAGCACCUAGUGGAGCACCUCCCUGGUAUAUUGCAUUCAGAGUUUGACCCAUGGAAAGAGCCACAUAAUGCACAUUUUGCCAUCUCUUUACAGGCAUGAGCCUCAGCUGAGACAGGGACAGAUUCUGAGACGGUCCAUAGAGUUGAGGACUUCACAUCCUGGAAAUGAAGUGCCAGCCUGGUGUCUUUAAAGGAAUAGUGUUAUUGCCUUGUAGUGUUUAGUUCACCAGGCACUUGAAACAUUGAUCAGCUUUGCACUCUGGCUAUGAUAAGGAAUGCUAAGUCUUUUCUGAGGAAUUGACAAGCGGUAAUUGAUUUAAUCUGCUCAUACUACUGUUUGAAUGGGAAUGGACUGUUUUAAGUGAGACCCCAUAUAGUAAAAGAUCAUAAAUGGGGAAGACAGCAGACCUUGCACAAUACUUUUGUGACAGUUUAUUCUUGACAAUUUGGACUCCCACGAUUAGAUAGUGCCACCCAUUUCCUCCUAAAUUUAUAUUUAAUUUAAAACCAUGUUAAAAUGUGUUGAGCAGUUUUAUUUAAUGUCCCCAACAAGAAUCAUGUCAUGUAGCCUUUUCAUUGGAUUUGAUGCCCCUCAUGUUUCCACUUAUCACAACCCCAACACAGCACUGAGGGCAGGCAACAAACUCUUAAGAUGUUGGCAUAUUUUCGAGAGCUUUAGUUACAUGAUGGGAGUGACGUACCGAGUGGCUCAGGACAAAGGUGCUGCUGUCUGCCUGAUCAUUUCUGUUCUUUUCUCAGCAUGAAGAGAAAAUAGUGUAACCUGUGUGCCUUUUUAGGGAAUCAUCUUGUUCCACAACCAGUUGCUUUGUAGUCCAAACCUGAAGCAGGAGAUGUUUCAGCAUGGUGCACUGAGAUGUCAUCAAAUGAGACUGAACAGAAUUAUACUAAAAAGGUGCAUGAGCUCCAAGCUCACUGUCUAUGGUGCACAUUGUUUUUGUAACAGGAAAAAACCCUACUGGUGCUACGUCGGUUGAGCUACGACAAGUUAUUGAAAUAAGUUAUACAUAAGUUGCGUCUGUUCUCACUCACUAAUGCAUGCAUUAGUCUUUUGUUAUAAUAUGGCUUGUACAGUAGAAUUAGGUUGUUGGUGUGUCCAAUGCCAGCCCUACUGUAGCAGAUUUCAGAUUUCCAUGUUUGACCAGCCCUCACAUGUAGAUUCUAUAGCAGCAUGCAACUUGACAAACAAAUCCUAAUGACAGCAUGACAGUUAACUCUUCACUGUGAGUGUUUUAGUCAGACUAAUCAACCAUCUGAUGCCCAAGUUAGCCAUCAGUUUGUUCUAGCUCUCAAUUAGCAGUACUGUAAAUCAAUAUUACCUGGGUUUUUUUUUAAAGUAAUUAAAUGAAAUGCACACAUGUGACUGGCAGGAUGGGUAGCUGCACGCAGAGAAAGUCCCUUAACGUGUUUAGAGAACGUUUUCCUAACGUACAUACGGUUAACUGGAAAGUAUGCAGACAAAGAUCCUGUUGGUAAAAAUCACAUUUUAAGGCUGAAACACACAUGGAAUCAUGAUCACUGGAAAGGUUAAGAUGUAAAGUUUUCAAACUAGUUCAUAAUUUAAUCUGUGUGUGCACUGGUCUAUCAGCCUGCACAUACACUAAAUGUUAUUUUAGUUCUCAUCCCUAAGGAUGAGUCGUGUACAUUUUGUUGCCCAGGAACGGAUGAGUCUCCGACAGCAGCUCUUUGCACACAGCUAUUAACUACAGGACUAAUGUGUGGUAUUAAAAUAAGCUUAAUUAUAUUUCAGCUUUAUAAACAUGAAAGCUAGUCCUGUACUAGGUGCAUACAACAGUAUGUACUGUCAGGCUGCUCUGUGUUAAAAGAUAUUCAUGAUGGAGAACCUGGCCAUGUCAAGCUUACAUGUACACCCUCAAACUCAAUACUGAAUGCCUUCCCUCUGCUGAACAGUUCUCCUGCACUACAAAACAUUUUUAUGUAGGUAGGUGAUAAAAGGUUAAUUUUUCUCAUAUGUCACCUACCAAAUUUUACUUUCUUUAUUGUAUUGUGGAUAGACAUUUUGUUAACAAUGAAAGUCCAAAACCUGUUCCACUGCCCUACACUUUGCUGUCAUAGGCAUGUGUAGUGCCUGUGAAUCCUCUGUGUUCACUUGGCAGGAGUGACUAUUAGGUCAACAGACAUGAGGCUGACAUUUGCAUUGCUUGCAUACGUACUUUUAUGUUUCAGGAUUUUUAGCAGCCGCACCGUCAAAUAGAAAUACAUUCAGAGGUGUUCCUAGUAUUCUGACUGAAAAAACUUAGAAAAAAUCAACUUGACUAGAUUUCUAGUCUAGAUUUUCAGUUGAUUUUUUUCAGUUUACUAUGACCUGGAUGACUGAGAAUCUGCACGGACAUCUAAUAUUCUGACCCUCUCAUGUAUGUAACCAGGUAGGACAAAAAUAGAGACACAUCUGAAUAUAAUGUAGUUCAGUACAUCUUUAAAUAUGACCUCAAUAAUAAACAUAAUCGAAUUUAUUGU